AUGGAAGAAAAUAAUAUUGUUGAUGAUUGUGGUUGGAAGCCGAAAGUGGGAAUGCCAUUUGACUCUAAACAAGCCGCAUAUGACUUUUACAAUACGUAUGGAGGAAAUGUGGGCUUUAGUAUUAGGAAGGCCUAUGCAAACAAGAACAAACAUACGAAGGAGAUAACAUCACGUACGUUUGUAUGUUACAAAGAGGGAAGUUGGGGUAUUGACAAACGAGAUCCACUUGUUAAAAAUCCAAGACAAGAGGUAAGAUGUGGUUGUGGUGCCCGAUUUAGUAUCAAGUUAGGUAGAAUUUCAAGAAAAUAUAUUGCUUGUGAUUUUGUUGAACAUCAUAAUCACGAUCUUGUGCCUCAAGAUUGCAUUCAUAUGUUGCCAUCCCAAAGAAAAAUAUCUACCACCCAAGCAAUUGAAGUAGAAUUAGCUUCAGAAUCUGGAAUUCCUCUUAGGUCUGCUUAUGAACUAUUUGCUAGGGAAUCUGGUGGAAGAGUAUCACUUGGUUUCACCAAAUUGGACCAAAAAAAUUGCCUAAGAUCGAAGAGACAAAAAGAUUUGGAAUAUGGGGAAGCGGUUAUAUUCGGUACAGCGUUGAUGUAUGAUGAGACUGCUGAAUCUUUUACAUGGUUGUUUCAAAUUUUUUUGGAGGCAAUGUCAAACAAAGCUCCGAAAACUAUUUUCACAGAUCAAGAUACUGCGAUGGCUAAGGCCAUUCCAAUUGUCAUGCCCGAUACAAACCAUCGUCUUUGUACGUGGCAUUUGAUGCAAAAUGCUGUCAAACAUGUAAGUUCUGUUUUCGAUGAUGUAGGGGUCAAGGCUGUGUUUUUAAAAUUUAUGCAUGACAUUGAUGAUGAUGAAGAAUUCCGAAUACAGUGGGACCAAAUGCUUGAUAAGUAUGAUGCAUUCGACAAUCAUUGGUUAGAGCAGACUUUUCGCGAUUAUCUAAAUUGUGACCAUAACUUGAUGGAGUUCUUCAUGCAUUUUGAGAGGGUGCUUUAUGAGAAGAGGUAUAAGGAAUUGGAAGCCGAGUAUAAUUUGUCCCAAAAAAUUGCCGAGGGUUUCAAUUCCAACUUUGAUGUUAAAGCAAGUGGCAGAGAUUUAUAG